UAUGUUUAUCAUAUCGUUAACACGAAACAGAACGAUUAAAUACGUUUUAUCGAACCAUUUCCACUUAAUUAACAAUACAAAUAGGAGGAAACGAAGGUAUAUAGCAUCUGUAACGCACGAUUGCUCAAAACGAGCAUGCCCUCGAAUGUCAAGUCUUGAAAAUUGAUUUGCGCCAAUGAGCAACACGAUAAGCAUGUUAAACACUGUUAUCGUAAAAGCCGGCAAACCAGGUUUCAGGAAGCCAUAAUUUAUACUCCUGCUACGCUUCCAUCUAACGAGAUGUUUUUGCAAUUGUCAAACCGAGUAUAUAUAUAUAUAAUCGGUGUAUCGAUACUCGGUGGCCAUCGCAGUAGUCGAGACAACUCGAGGAAGAUGAACGUAGCCGCGAUACUUCUGGUGACAUCGGUGCCGUGGGUGAUCGCGUAUCCCGGGCCAGGAUCAAUCGAUGACAAAUCGGAAGAAGCAAAGACCUUGGUGGAACCUUUAGGAUUAUUCGAAAGCAUAACAGCGUGGAGCAAUAAAAUUCUUCCAUUUCAAUUCUCGAAUGGGGACGAAAAGGUGGAAGAUUGGAGGAAGUUUAACACAGCACAGAAGGAAGAUGACGGCGAGCGUGUUGCGACGUCUCCGUUAGAGAAAAUUUUCAAGGAUAAUGUAUUCGUCUCGAUGAUCUCGAACGUUAUCGGCACGGUUGGAAAAGCGAUAGAAGGUAUCGCGAGCAACGUUCAAAAAGGGAUAGGAUUACCGUUUUUCCCAAACAGAGGGAAACCAACAGUAGACAACGUGGACAAAAGUGAUUCCGGUCACUCGAAACGAUACGAAUCAAGGGAGACGAGGGCGAAGGAAGAAGAACGGAGGGUGGUCGGUUAUCGGUCGGGAUCAACAGAAGGGGAAGAGAAAGAAGUUGAUGGCGAAAAACGCGCUAUUCACUCGGCCGUUCCUCGCCUGUCUUUGGAGGGGGAUGAUGCAAAAACAGGUGGCGGCGGCGAGAGAAAACACUCGUCCGAGGUAUCGACGGGACUCGGGGGGAGAUCGGCCGAGGCAAAAAGCUGGAUCCAUUCCUCGCGGGGAAUUGAGAAAAACUCGUUAACCAGCGCGAAAGAGGAGAGUUCUCGGGGAUCGACAAAUGUUGGCGAGAGGAGGGGGGAGAAAAAAGGGGGGGGUGGAACCGAGGAGGUGAGAGAUAAGGUUGCUCGUGAAUCGAUCGAGGUUAAACAGGAGGGAGAGGCGAAGGAGAAAGUCGAGGGAGGGAAAGAUAAAGUCGAGGAAAAGAAGGAAGAAGUUAAAGAGGAGGAGGAGAAGGAGAAAAAGGAAAAGAAAAAGAAGAAGGAUUAG